AUGAGAGCAGCAGCGGUUUCCUCCCCACCUAAUAGAGACUGUCAUGAGAGCGCAUCUGAGCAGUGGGAGGUUGAUCCUCAACCGUUACCAUCCACUGUCGUCGAUGACACCCUGUUUUUUAAUCCCCCAAUUUUAACCCGAUGUAUGACUCUGCCGGAUGCUUUGUACAGACGACGACAGAAUCCGAGAGGAGAGUGGUAUGAUAACACGGUGUACAGCGACGCCGACCAUCACGACCAACAAAUCGUCUCGAUGAAUACAUAUGAGGACCACAACGGUGCCUAUCAGUCUCAAGUAAAAGAAAUCCCUAGGAAUUCAGAUGUCGGGCUGCAAGAUUUCGACAGUCAGUGGGAUCAUUCUGAGUACGAUCACAGCAACUCACCUCAGAAAACGUAAGUGCGACACUUGUUGGGCGAUACCGUAAAUAACCACCAUAAUAAUAUCAGGAAAUGUUAUCCUAUUAGCGAGAGUAGCGCCUAUAAGGGAGAGUGGGGUAUGUUGAGCCAGUUUUUACAUUCAGCAUCACUACAUCAAGGCAGUGGUGUAGUGGUGCCUGGUGAAGUGGGUGUACUCUAAUUUUGCCAAACAUCUCCCAAACGGCCCGCCCAGCAAAGGAAAGGCACCCUUUGUGAAAGAUGAUAUGAGAAACAGUGACAUACACCCUGAAUUACCUAAAUUGAUCAAUCCCAUAUUUGUCUUUCACAGUCAGGCCAACCCAAGCUGUACUGUGCAAGUAGGCUAAUAGUAGGCCUACCACUGAAUGAUAAAUGAGGCUGUCAACUGAGUCAGAAAUUCACAGGUUUCAGAUUUUUCUUUAUUAUUCAGGUUUUUGCUCUUAAUGUCACACUUUUUUAAUAUAAUUACUUUUUUUCUCCAUAACAAUGCUUAAACCACAAUGCUUCCUCAGUGCACAAUGCUUCCUCAUUGCUUCCUCAGGAAACCACUUUUGAUGUCUGGAAAAAUCGAAGACAUUUAGAUUUUUGAGUGCAGUUACCCUUUAAUUCAAGUGCACAUGCACCUAGUACUGUUGUCUGGUUAGCAGUGUUUCUGUAGCACAUGAGAUGGAGUUUGCAAAACAAAUGGCCACUGGAUUGAUGCAAGUAAUCAUGAUAUCAUUUUGCCAGGUAGGCAUAGGCUAUUAUUAGCAUGGCUAUAUUUUUCCCGUUCCCUAAUUGUUUGAAACCUGGACGUUUUACUUCAUAUUAUGAGGCAUGUCCUAUCUUGCUUCAAAGUAGCCUAUAGCCAAAAUCCCACCAUAGAAAUGUGUUGGCAAUUAUUUUAUAAAGGCUUCCUCAAUGGCCUAUACAUUCUCCUGUUCUAUUGGUUUUCUUUCAACUUUCAUCUCUUUAGAUCUUCCCACCUUCAACAUUUCUAACGGAUGUUUCCAUCUCUAUUCACCAUGAAACCACUUUCAUGUGCAGUGCGCAUUUAAUAUUUUUUUCCCCCGCAAAUUGCAUUUAGGAACAUUCGCACAUAGGCCAACCGCCAUGUGCACAUUGUUGCGCCUAAAAUGUGAAUAAAUUAUAGUUUAUCAACAUUUUAAGCUAAACAUUGUGAUCUGGUCCAUCAGCCCUAUUCAUUGAUAUGGCGUAUACCUCCACUACACUACUUUGAUACGCAUCAGUGGGGAUUAUUAAGAAAUGAUUAUGCCCACUGAAAAAUGAGUGGGUAUACCUGCGUAUACCCUCCACUACACCACAGCGUCAAGGGAAGUAUACUAUUCUUUCUAACAAAGAUAUCUACAUAUAUUACAGGAUGUUGUGUAUCCCUGGAAAUAAUCAUAAUUCAUGUAAACAUAACAGUUUUGAAAACAUAGCUUGUCCAAAAAAAGUAGUCUCUUGGCACAAUUUACCCUGAGUCAGGGAUUCUUGAAAGAUGGGACAAUCUCAACUUUUUUAUAUACAAAUAUUUUUCUCAAUAUUAACAACAUUUAAAAUAUAUAUUUUCAUAGACCAAAGUAUCAGCUAUCUUAACUGGAUUUAUGUAAACUCCGUCAGACACCUUAAAAAGUGUAUUGAGAAAUAUUUUUAAAGUCAGACAGGGCUAUUGCAAGAAACUACAUUAUUCAUUAUUGCCAGUUUUUUAAAUUUUAAACACUUUUUUGGAGAGUUUGAAAUGUACAAGGGCAUGCUCCAUACAAGGGCAUUUACGGGCAUAGAACUGCCAUCUUGUCUAUUUCAAAUCUUCUCUCAUUAAUUGAGAAAGGUGGGUGUCCACCCCAAAGUGCCAAAUGUCAUGAUGACACUCACUUGUCUCGAUCAAUGAGAAGAUUUGAAAUAGACAAAAUGGUGGCGUACACAUUGUUGUAUUACUUCAUCAGGUAGCUUAGUGGUUAAGAGCGUUGUGCCAGUAACCGAAAGGUCGCUGGUUCUAAUCCCCCGAGCCGACUAGGUGAAAUCUGUCGAUGUGCCCUUGAGCAAGGCACUUAACCCUAAUUGCUCCUGUAAGUCGCUCUGGAUAAGAGCGUCUGCUAAAUGACUAAAAUGUAAAUGUUCAUGGAGCCAAACAUAUAUUUAAUAACAGAGCAUUUUCUAAAUUCAAAUGAACCCCCUGCAACUAGACAUUGAAGUUUAGAAGAUGUGUUGUCUUCCAAGUCGGGAAUUGAGGAAGUAUGUAAAUUCUCUGUGCUAUGCUUUACACUACCUACUGUGUAACGGCUGUAUGGAAGCAUUUACAUAUUACUGCUGUUUCAAAGUGUAGCUACCCCUAUACUUCAGGUUGGCUCAUUGGAGAAGUCACGUUGAUUUUUGCUCGACAUUUUGAUAUAGGUCAAAUCAAAGGAACAAGCUUGCCUUUUAUAACGUGCAAAAUGUACAUGUAUUUUUUGAAUAAUUUGUCUUGGUUGUUUUAGCUACAUGGCAGGCUACCGGCCUUCUUGAUAUUCUCAUUAUUGAUAAAAGGCACAAUCUGGGAUAUUUCCCUCAUAAGUUUGGUACAACUGUCUUCCUACACCUGUCUUACUACAUUAUUUAUGAGAUACUAUUAUUGGUAGGCCUAUUUAUGGUAUAUGAUAUUCCUAGUAUUUAUAACACUCCCAUUUGGAGUAUUUGAAAACAAAUAUAAUAUAACAAAAUGUGUGAAACUACUGUAUCCUGUUGAGCUCAUGGACUCAGUCCUUGCAUCCAUAGCCCCAUUAAUGAAUUUUAGAGUGGUAACAUUUCCCCAGGCCCAUCAUUCCGCUUCAUAUACCAAGUAGCUGCAGUAGCUGUCAUUGGACUGAAACAGAUUCUACAGCAUUCUGCGUGUAGGCUACUUAAAGAUCAUCUUGAACCUGCAUUUAUUUACAGUUGAAGUCGGAAGUUUACAUACAGUGGGGGAAAAAAGUAUUUAGUCAGCCACCAAUUGUGCAAGUUCUCCCACUUAAAAAGAUGAGAGAGGCCUGUAAUUUUCAGCUAUGACAGACAAAAUGAUAAUAUUUUUUCCAGAAAAUCACAUUGUAGGAUUUUUAAUGAAUUUAUUUGCAAAUUAUGGUGGAAAAUAAGUAUUUGGUCAAUAACAAAAGUUUCUCAAUACUUUGUUAUAUACCCUUUGUUGGCAAUGACACAGGUCAAAAGUUUUCUGUAAGUCUUCACAAGGUUUUCACACACUGUUGCUGGUAUUUUGGCCCAUUCCUCCAUGCAGAUCUCAUCUAGAGCAGUGAUGUUUUGGGGCUGUCGCUGGGCAACACAGACUUUCAACUCCCUCCAAAGAUUUUCUAUGGGGUUGAGAUCUGGAGACUGGCUAGGCCACUCCAGGACCUUGAAAUGCUUCUUACGAAGCAACUCCUUCGUUGCCCGGGCGGUGUGUUUGGGAUCAUUGUCAUGCUGAAAGACCCAGCAAUGUUUCAUCUUCAAUGCCCUUGCUGAUGGAAGGAGGUUUUCACUCAAAAUCUCACGAUACAUGGCCCCAUUCAUUCUUUCCUUUACACAGAUCAGUCGUCCUGGUCCCUUUGCAGAAAACAGCCCCAAAGCAUGAUGUUUCCACCCCAUGCUUCACAGUAGGUAUGGUGUUCUUUGGAUGCAACUCAGCAUUCUUUGUCCUCCAAACACGACGAGUUGAGUUUUUACCAAAAAGUUAUAUUUUGGUUUCAUCUGACCAUAUGACAUUCUCCCAAUCCUCUUUUGGAUCAUCCAAAUGCACUCUAGCAAACUUCAGACGGGCCUGGACAUGUACUGGCUUAAGCAGGGGGACACGUCUGGUACUGCAGGAUUUGAGUCCCUGGUGGUGUAGUGUGUUACUGAUGGUAGGCUUUGUUAGUUUGGUCCCAGCUCUCUGCAGGUCAUUCACUAGGUCCCCCCGUGUGGUUCUGGGAUUUUUGCUCACCGUUCUUGUGAUCAUUUUGACCCCACGGGGUGAGAUCUUGCGUGGAGCCCCAGAUCGAGGGAGAUUAUCAGUGGUCUUGUAUGUCUUCCAUUUCCUAAUAAUUGCUCCCACAGUUGAUUUCUUCAAACCAAGCUGCUUACCUAUUGCAGAUUCAGUCUUCCCAGCCUGGUGCAGGUCUACAAUUUUGUUUCUGGUGUCCUUUGAGAGCUCUUUGGUCUUGGCCAUAGUGGAGUUUGGAGUGUGACUGUUUGAGGUUGUGGACAGGUGUCUUUUAUACUGAUAACAAGUUCAAACAGGUGCCAUUAAUACAGGUAAGGAGUGGAGGACAGAGGAGCCUCUUAAAGAAGAAGUUACAGGUCUGUGAGAGCCAGAAAUCUUGCUUGUUUGUAGGUGACCAAAUACUUAUUUUCCACCAUAAUUUGCAAAUAAAUUCAUAAAAAAUCCUACAAUGUGAUUUUCUGAAUUUUCUUUCUCAAUUUGUCUGUCAUAGUUGACGUGUACCUAUGAUGAAAAUUACAGGCCUCUCUCAUCUUGUGAAGUGGGAGAACUUGCACAAUUGGUGGCUGACUAAAUACUUUUUUCCCCCGCUGUCCACCUUAGCCAAAUACAUUUAAACUCAGUUUUUCUCAAUUCCUGACAUUUAAUCCUAGUAAAAAUGCCCUGUCUUAGGUCAGUUAGGAUCACCACUUUAUUUUAAGAAUGUGAAAUGUCAGAAUAAUAGUAGACAGAAUUAUUUAUUUCAGCUUUUCUUUAUUUUAUCACAUUCCCAGUGGGUCAGAAGUUUACAUACACUCAAUUAGUAUUUGGUAGCAUUGCCUUUAAAUUGUUUAACUUGGGUCAAACGUUUUGGGUAGCCUUCCACAAGCUUCCCACAAUAAAUUGGGUGAAUUUUGGCCCAUUCCUCCUGACAUAGCUGGUGUAACUGAAUCAGGUUUGUAGGCCUCCUUACUCGCACACACUUUUUCAGUUCUGCCACAAAUGUUCUAUAGGAUUGAGGUCAGGGCUUUGUGAUGGCCACUCCAAUACCUUGACUUUGUUGUCCUUAAGCCCUUUUGCCACAACUUUGGAAGUAUGCUUGGGGUCAUUGUCCAUUUGGACGACCCGUUUGCGACCAAGCUUUAACUUCCUGACUGAUGUCUUGAGAUGUUGCUUCAAUAUAUCCACAUAAUUUUCCUUCCUCAUGAUGCCAUCUAUUUUGUGAAGUGCACCAGUCUAUCCUGCAGCAAAGCACCCCCACAGCAUGAUGCUGCCACCCCCGUGCUUCACGGUUGGGAUGGUGUUCUUCAGCUUGCAAGCACCCCCUUUUUCCUCCAAACAUAACAAUGGUCAUUAUGGCCAAACAGUUCUAUUUUUGUUUCAUCAGACCAGAGGACAUUUCUCAAAAAAGUACGAUCUUUGUCCCCAUGUGCAGUUGCAAACCGUAGUCUGGCUUUUUUAUGGCGGUUUUGGAGCAGUGGCUUCUUCCUUGCUGAGCGACCUUUCAGGUUAUGUCGAUAUAGGACUCGUUUUACUGUGGAUAUAGAUACUUUUGUACCUGUUUCCUCCAGCAUCUUCAGAAGGUCCUUUGCUGUUGUUCUGGGAUUGAUUUGCACUUUUCGCACCAAAGUACGUUCAUCUCUAGGAGACAGAACGCAUCUCCUUCCUGAGCGGUAUGACGGCUGCGUGGUCCCAUGGUGUUUAUACUUGCGUACUAUUGUUUGUACAGAUGAACGUGAUACCUUCAGACGUUUAGAAAUUGCUCCCAAGGAUGAACCAGACUUGUGGCGGUCUACAAAUCUUUUCUGAGGUCUUGGCUGUUUUCUUUUGAUUUUCCCAUGAUGUCAAGCAAAGAGGCACUGAGUUUGAAGGUAGGCCUUGAAAUACAUCCACAGGUACACCUCCAAUUGACUCAAAUGAUGUCAAUUAGCCUAUCAGAAGCUUCUAAAGCCAUGACAUCAUUUUCUGGAAUUUUCCAAGCUGUUUAAAGGCACCGUCAACUUAGUGUAUGUAAACUUCUGACCCACUGGAAUUGUGAUACAGUGAAUUAUAAGUGAAAUAAUCUGUCUGUAAACAAUUGUUGGAAAAAUUACUUGUGUCAUGCACAUAGUAGAUGUCCUAACCGACUUGCCAAAACUAUAGUUUGUUAACAAGAAAUGUGUGGAGUGGUUGAAAAACAAGUUUUAAUGACUCCAACCUAAGUGUAUGUAAACUUCCGACUUCAACUGUAACUGGGCAUACAAACCCUAUAGGACUGGAUUGAGAUAGAAGUCACCAUCAGUGACUUCAGUAUAUGUCUUGCUUAGCUAGUGCUGUAGGCCCACAGCAAACCUCUGGCUGUCAAUCAAAGCCAUCAGAAUUCAACAGAUGCAGAUCACACCUAUCUCCAUAGAGACGAACACCUGUCAUCCAAUGGCUCAGUAAAGAAACCUCAGUAAACCAAGAAUGUUGUGUAUUAUACAGGCUGAAAUUACAUAAUCAUGCAAUUGUAGUUAACAAAAAGUAUCCAAGCACUCCCGACUCUAUCAUUUUGAAAAGUGUAAAUAAACAUCUGCACUGAAUGUUAUGUUUUCUUCAACUUACUCUUCUCUUCAGUUCCUGUGAACUUCCUUGUAGUCUGAAUAGUGUUUUUUGUCACCGUCUUUCUCCAUCCAGAGUUGAGACCAUGCACCGUAGAAAAACGACUGUGCGAGAGAAGGGCCGUCGGCAGGCUAUCCGUGGGCCUGCCUACAUGUUCAGUGAGCGGGGCACCAGUCUCACUUCAGAGGAGGAGCGCUUCCUAGAUGCUGCUGAGUACGGGAACAUCCCAGUGGUGCGUAAGAUGCUGGAGGAGUCCAAGACCCUCAACGUCAACUGUGUGGACUACAUGGGUCAGAAUGCACUGCAGUUGGCCGUGGGUAAUGAGCACUUGGAGGUGACAGAGCUGCUGCUGAAGAAGGAGGGGCUGGCGCGUGUGGGCGAUGGCCUCCUCUUUGCCAUCAGUAAGGGAUAUGUGCGUAUCGUAGAGGCUAUCCUGGCCCACCCUGCAUUCGGUGGUGGGCUGCGCCUAACCCUAAGCCCCCUGGAGCAGGAGCUAAGAGAUGAUGACUUUUAUGCCUACGAUGAAGACGGUACACGUUUUUCCCAUGACGUGACCCCGGUCAUUCUGGCUGCACACUGCCAGGAGUAUGAGAUAGUGCACACUCUGUUGAUGAAGGGAGCACGCAUCGAGAAGCCCCAUGAUUACUUUUGUAAAUGUAAUGAGUGUCAUGACAAGCAGUGCCGUGACUCGUUCAGCCACUCCCGCUCCAGGAUGAAUGCCUAUAAAGGGUUAGCCAGCGCCGCCUACCUGUCCCUGUCUAGUGAGGAUCCUGUAUUCACCGCUCUGGAGCUCAGCAACGAGCUGGCUCGCCUCGCCAACAUCGAGACUGAGUUCAAGGUGAGAAACACACAGAAAUACCAAUCUUGAGGAUUGAAGGAAGGGGUUUACUGCUAAGGGAUAUUUAUUUUCACCUAUGUAUAGUAUUGGCUUACUUUCUCUUACACAUGCUCUCCCCCCUCUUACUCAUUUAGCAAUAUGUAAAAGCUUUGUGUAGAUAUUUUUCUGAAAGCCCUAGAGCUGAUUUGUGUCUUUUGAUUACUCACAGAAAUGAUGAAUUGGGAAGAGAUUAAAUCAGGUAGUCCCUGUACAGUACACUUCACCAAAUGACACACUCUAAUAUUAUUGGAACCCGCUGUGAGAAAAUGAAGAUUGGGAACAAUCUCAAAUCGGUCAUUGAUCGGUUAGAAAUUAUCGCAAUUUCUGAGUGUACUGUAUGUCAGGCUUUGCAACAUAUUAUACACGACAACAUACUUACAGCAUAUAAAGCAUAUUUAUGUAGUGUUUGUGGCCAUGUUUUUUUGCAAUGCAAAGUAACUUUGCUCUGGUAUUUCCAUUCAAUUUGCUCUCCCAUGCAGAUAAGCCACCUCUACUCCAAGAGGAAUUAAAUUCUGACAAUCAGUAAGAGGAGAACAAGUCUAAUCAAGGAUUUUCAUAUCCAGUCUGACUCCUUUCUGUUAUUUUAUACUGAUUACUGAACUCUCCAAAUAGUUUGGGUUGAGGUUUAACAUAGAUGGGUAUAAACACAGACACACACACACACACACACACACACACACACUCACACACACACUCACAAGCACACAUACUGUUUUUCCUCUGUCUGAAGAACACCCACAGAAAGACAGGUACAAAUGCGUGCACACACACACAAACACACACACACAGUUUAUGCUCAUUAUAAAGAACCGUAAUGUGUGACAAACACAAACAUUGGCAUGCAAACUCACACCAAUACACCCUGCCUUAAUGAGAUAAGAAAAUAUACACAGGAUUUGUCAGUGCAGAAACGGUUGGUCUGUGGUUUUCCAGGUUUCUAUUGGAAUAUUUUACAUGCAGACCAAAAAGUGAGAGACUGACAUUAACAAUUCACCAAAAGGUGUGACCCCUGGGAUAUGCCUCAUUUUAAAUAAUUCUCACACAUCUCUUUCCCUCUCCAUCUAUUAGACUCGAGAAGAGAGAGAGAGAGGAGAGAGAGAGAGCGGAGAGAAGAGCGAGAGAGAUGAGAGCGAGAGAGAAGCGAGCGAGAGAGAGAGAGGAGCGAUAUAGGAGCAGCGAGAAGCGAUAGAGAGCGAUAGCGGAGAGAUAGCUGAACUCGAGAGACUUAUCGCUAGCAUCUCGCUCUACUACUACUAUCUAUCUCUCUCUCCUCUAUAUAUAUCUCUCUUCUCUCUCUAUCUCAUCUCUCUCUCUCUCUCUCUCUCUCUCUCUCUCUCUCUCUCUCUCUCUCUCUCUCUCCGGUAGAAUGACUACAGGAAGCUGUCCAUGCAGUGUAAGGACUUUGUGGUGGGAGUGCUUGACUUAUGCAGAGACACGGAGGAGGUGGAGGCCAUUUUGAAUGGGGAUGUGGACCAAGCUCUACCCAGUGAUCACAGUCGACCCUGCCUCAUCCGGGUCAAACUGGCCAUAAAGUACGAGGUCAAGAAGGUUAGCUGAACCACUCAACCUUAAUCUGAAAUCAAACAUGCUAUUUUUUCUAAAAGUCAUUUUAAAUGUUAUCUCCCUCUGGUAUUUGUGUCUAACAUGAUUCAGUAGUCUUAAUUUGAAUAGCAAUCAAUCUCAAGAGCACCAUGAGAAAGACACUUGUGAUUACAUUCUCCCAAUCGUCACGUCCCCUAUAAAGGGUUUAUUUAAGAGGGAAACUGGAACAGGAUAUAAAUGAAAUAUGUGUUUUACAGCUGUUUCACACCCACCAAUGGAUUCUACAACACUAUAUAAUAGGUAUGACAAAGCAGUCACCCUUUGCGUCUGGUUAUCAAUCUUGUAGUAUGUCAUAGUUAUUUUUCAUCAUGUCUCUGUAGUUUGUGGCCCAUCCUAACUGCCAGCAGCAGCUCCUGACCCUGUGGUAUGAGAACCUAGCUGGACUUAGGCAGCAGUCUGUUGGGGUCAAAUGCUGGACAGUCCUGGGAGUAGCAGUCGGCCUUCCUUUCCUCGCCAUCGCAUACUGGAUCAUGCCCUGCAGUAAGGUACACACAAUCCCAUUUCUAUUUUGUUCAUAGAAUCACUCAUUAACACAUUUGUAUGAUUAAAAUAGUUAUAUGUUUAUAUCAUGAGGUUGAUGGUUGCCAUUUAUGUGGUUGAUUUCCUCUAUAUCAGUUGGGUCAGAUUCUCCGCAGUCCCUUCAUGAAGUUUGUGGCCCAUGCUGUGUCAUUCACCAUCUUUCUUGGACUACUGGUAAUCAAUGCAUCGGACCGCUUCGAAGGGGUCAAGAACCUUCCCAAUGAGACAAUAACCGACCACCCUCUUCAGGUGUUCAGGGUCAAAACCAGUCAGUUCUCCUGGACUGAGAUGCUCAUCAUGAAUUGGGUGCUUGGUAAUUUACUCUGGUUUUCAAACAGCUGCUUUUGUGGGGUUUUGUGGGAGACACUUUAUUAUCCAGUCUAUUCAUAUCUCUUUGUUCCUGUUUCUUCACCAUGGUAUAAUCUGAAUAAAAUCUUAAAGUAUUAAAAUCAUAACACUCGUAUGUUCAAAACAGAGGGCUUUUGCACUUACUGAAAAGCACUCUAUUUAUUAGGGAUGAUCUGGUCGGAGUGUAAGGAGAUCUGGGCUGAUGGGCCUAGGGAGUACAUCAUGCACCUGUGGAACGUGCUAGACUUUGGCAUGCUGUCCAUCUUCGUGGCAUCCUUCACGGCUCGGCUCAUGGCCUUCCUGAGAGCCUCUGAGGCCCAGCUGUAUGUGGACAUGUAUGUGCCCAACAUGCCCAACAUAGACCUGAGCAACGCCUCACUGCCACCAAAUGUAGCAUACUACACCCAUGGUCAGUGACACUUUAUAAUUCAAAAUGAUAAUAAUGACAAUGGUUAAUCUCUGGCUACAGCCUAACAGGCUGUGCAUGUAGCAUUACAGUAACCUUACUGUAUUAAAUCUGUAACAGGUUGAGACCUUGGGACUAUAAGGUUCUAUCUGCGCAAAGCAUAGUUCUGAGAUAUUGAGCCUUCAAGUUUUCACAUCGCAGAUCUCAGAACUGUUUUGUAGUGAAUUCUUCUUUCAUAACCAAUUAAUGUCCUCACCUUAAAGGUACCUAAAUUACAGAAUGUCAAAAUCCUAAGACAUUUGUAAGUCUGUUUUUAUAUGGGGUGCAAUCACAGAUAGUAGCUUGUGACUCUGAAAUGUAAAUCUGGGUUCAGCCAAGGUUCUAUCAGGCACAGAAUGUUACAAUUAUUUCAAUGUCAAUAGAAAAGUAUAGACAUUUAAAGAUUAAAUAAAGAGAAAACCAUUCCUUCUUUCUAAUCACAUCAUCAAACAUGAAUUCAUGUUCAUCACACAUUUGUUAAAACGAUAGUUCCUUAAAAUGACAAAUACAUUAUAUCCUAUGGAUAACUAGCAACAUUGCUAAAGCUUAGCUCUGGAUGAGUAAACUGAUAUAUUUUUCUGGUCUCUGACACCCAAAGUCAGUAAACUACUUGCUAGUUAUCAAUAAAAAUUGGUAAGUUUGUAGUUUUUGUGAAAUACCCCUUCCAUGGAGGUUUUCGUAUUGAUAUAGAACAAGAAAAAAACAGCAAAGCCUCUCCUAAGGGCCUUAAAUAUGCUCUAAGGCACCGGUAUGUAUUUGUUUUUACCAUAAAGAGUUACAUUAUGGUCAUUCUUCUGAAAAAGCGGUGAUAAAAAAAAAAGUUAUGUAAAAAGAGGACCUAUGAUAUGAGAAAUCAUGGACUUGGUACUAUAAGAUUCUAUCUUCAAAAUGUAUAGUUUUGAAAUUAGUAUUUUUCAAGUCCCAGAUCUCAGAACUGUUUUGUGAUGUCUUCCUCUUUCAUGACUAAAUAAGCAUAUCACCUUACAUACAAUUAUUUUUUAUUGACAACGAGUAUUGUGUGAUCAGAUUGCAGGUAGAACCUUAUAUAGCACCAAGAUAAAAGGUGUUUGCACAGAUAGAACUUUCUGAUAUUUCUAAAAAAGAAUAUCGGACAUACUGUACAGUAUCUCACAUGUAAAGGACCACCUAAUGAGCAACUCCAUGUGAAUAACACAUUUUUUACCAAAAUGUCAUAGAACCUUAUAGUCAGUCCCAAGGUCACAAAGUGACAUUUAAAAGCAACCCCUCUCUCUCUCAGCCAGGAACAGGUGGUUACCCUCUGACCCUCAGCUGAUCUCCGAGGGUUUGUACUCAAUUGCAGUGGUGCUCAGUUUCUCCCGCAUUGCCUACAUCUUGCCUGCCAAUGAGAGCUUCGGCCCACUUCAAAUCUCCCUCGGCCGGACGGUCAAGGACAUCUUCAAGUUCAUGGUCAUCUUCAUAAUGGUCUUCCUGGCUUUCAUGAUUGGCAUGUUCAAUCUAUAUUCCUAUUACCUUGGUGCCAAGUACAACCCCGCCUUCACCACGUAAGUGCCCUCCUGCCUGUUCCUGUAAAUGACAUGCUUUAAGUAGAUAUGUCUAUUUAUUAGUUUGUGUGUUAUUUAUUAAUGUCUGUGUAUGCGCGUUUGCACGUGCCUGUGUGUUUUGUUUGAUUAUGUGUGUUCACAGGGUGGAGGAGAGCUUUAAGACUCUAUUUUGGUCCAUCUUCGGCUUGUCUGAGGUUAUCUCUGUGGUCUUGAAAUAUGACCAUAAGUUCAUAGAGAACAUUGGUUAUGUUCUCUUUGGCGUCUACAAUGUAACCAUGGUAAUCGUACUGCUCAACAUGCUGAUUGCAAUGAUCAAUCACUCCUAUCAGGAGAUUGAGGUGAGACUAGGAACCAAUAGGCCUAAACACCACUAGUGAAUUCACAGGAGAUAAAUAGUCGAUAAUCAAUGCUUUGAGGUCAGAGGGGAAUUAUGUCAAUUUACAGUAUGGGUGAGUUAUUACUGUUAUGUUUGUUGUAUUCAUGUACCAUUUUGGGAGAACACUGUUGUGAGCAGUUAUGAUAAAAUAAUCAGACCAUAUUAGAUUCAUUGUAUGAAUGUGCUCCAAACUGAGUCAUUGCCCCUCACCUUUCACUACUCUCCAGUUAUACCAUGGUCUGUCUCAAUCUCAACAGGAGGAUGCUGAUGUGGAGUGGAAGUUCGCCCGUGCCAAACUCUGGCUCUCCUACUUUGACGAGGGGCGUACUCUGCCCCCACCAUUUAACCUGGUUCCCAGUCCCAAGUCCUUCUACUACCUAGCCCUGCGCACAAGGGCUUGUCUGGUGAGGCUGUGCAAGGCCAAAGCCCAUCACCAUGACAACAAGCGUGAGACGGCCAUGAUCAAUUUGCGAUUCAAGGUCAGAUGUUGGCUUUUAGGGAGAGGCUGUAGCCGGUUGUAUAUCUGCCUCUUUAAUUAAUAUGUUUUAAUGGGUGUGUGGUUUCUGUUCCGUUUCAGCUUAAUCAGAACAGACCUCAAACCAGGACACCAGGUCAGGAUGACUUCACCAUUAGAAAACCCAUCAAACAUCCUACUCGAUACCAGGUACUUACUCCAUACCAGUCAAUUUGAUUAAUUAGCAAGAUCAGACAUAUUCAGACGUGCUACAUUCUGAACUGUUGUCUCUAAAGUUCCGAUUCCCUCUCUUUUCUUGAAAGAAACUUAUGAAGAGGCUCAUUAAGCGAUAUGUGCUAAAGGCUCAGGUUGACAGUGAAAAUGACGAAAUCAACGAAGGUGAGCAUGAUUCAUAUCCAUUAUGUAAGAUCAUAAAGCUGUUGUGCCCUCUCAACGGAAGACUGAUCAUUCUUACAACUGCAAGGCUGUGACAUGGAGUUUUAGUGGAUCGAGUGAUCAAUAACCUGUGGUGCAUCCCUUGCAGGUGAGCUGAAGGAGAUCAAGCAGGACAUCUCGAGCCUGCGCUAUGAGCUCCUGGAGGAGAAGUCUCAGGCCACAGAGGAACUAGCUGACUUGAUCCAACAGCUUGGUGACAAGCUUAGCAAGAAUGCCUAG